AUGCCCAACGAGACAUCAGAAGAACUUGUCCAGAAACUGGUGGAAAAGUUCCGGUCACUCUUGGACGAAGCCCUCGUAGUCGCUAUCGCUAGCGAUCAUGACCUCAGUGAGACUUCGCAAUAUGAGUCGGCUCAGAUGGUGCUAGAGGGCCUUGCUCAACAUGUCACGACAGAAGAGGCGACUGGCUUUAAUCCAAGCGGAAUAUCAAAUGCGCCAGAAGAUGCGAAUGGUGAUGAGGGCACAGUUGAGACAGGUAGUCAGCAAGCUUCUCGUGCUCACGACACAGAUACCACCUCUACGAGCGAUCAAACUUCAGCAUCUGCCAACACGGCUUACUCCAUACCAAGGCUUACUUCGUUCGACGACGACAGUGAAGAGAAUAAGAUUCUCAUUCUACAGGGCAUGUUUGGCGAGCUCAAGGAAUUCAACAUCAAGCACUGCUUGAGAAAGGCAAACGGGGAUGUCCAAACUGCGCUUGAUGAGCUACUCAAUAUUCAGUACAUCAAAUCAACUGGGCAAGAACAGAAAGGGAUCGAUGGAUUCUUUGAGCCUGAUGAGAGCGUCGGGAAGAAGAAAAGGAAGAAUAGGAAAAGGGGGAAGAAAGCUCUUGGAAACGAGACCCCCUCGUCUAGCAGCGGAACUGCUUCCCCUUCCCCUGAUGACUUGAAAGAGAUGAAGCGUCAAGAUGAGAUUGCCUAUCUCGCAGACAGACUUGACCUGCCAUUUGGCGUCGUCUCUGAUAUCUUCUACAAAAAGCGUUGUGCGAGUGGUGCAGCAGCAGUUGAGAUUCUGGACCAAUACAUGUCGCAAGGCAUUGAGACUCAAGACAAAGAAGGGAAAAAGUAUGCUCAGGAACUUGCCGAGAAGUAUCAAAACGUCCCGAAGAAAUACAUGUCGACAAUUGUUCAAGUUACUGGUUCUAUUUCUCAAGAGGCAGAUGACAUUGCCGCGCUUGUCAGCAAGCAUUUUGUCAAGAACCCAUGGACUGAGAAGCUAGACGUUAGCUAUCAACUAACACCACUUCCGGAAGAGGAAAUCGAAGGAUUUGAGACAGUCAUGCGAGGUAAGUCGAAGCUAGCCAGACCCGUCUCGGUAGGCAUGAACUUUCCCGCCGGACCGUCAGCGUACGCGCAAGCUUCUGAAAGAGCUGGCCAAUACAAUCGGGCGAAACGUGAGGCAGCUUCUUCGGCGGCAUCCUUAAAUCGUCGUGGUGCCUCGAACCCGCUCUACCGUCAGGCGGCAGGAUACUAUUCAGAGCGCGCAAGGGAGCAGGCACGAUAUGAGAUGCAUGCUACGUCAACGGCUGCAGAUCUACUCGUCGACAAGCAGAGCUCGUCGACCUCUGUUGACUUACACGGCGUCUAUGUGCAGGAUGGUGUGCGCAUCGCUCGCCAUAGAGUCCAGUCGUGGUGGACUGGUCUGGGGGAGUUUCGGACUGAUAAGGCACGUCAGCAACCGUUUACAGUUAUCACUGGGCUUGGCCGCCAUAGUGCUGGUGGCGUGUCACAGCUGAGACAAGCUGUAGCCGCGGCUUUGCUUCAGGACGGGUGGAAGAUGCAGGUCGAGACUGGACGCUUUAUCGUAAAGGGUCGGCGAUAA